CGCUAUCCAAAACAUAAUUACGUGUAUUAGGUGACUUGAAAUCUCAAUUAUUGAUUGCAAAAAACAUCUUAUUCUUACCAAUGCAUAUUAGGUGACUUGAAAUCUCAUUUAUAGAUUGCAAAAAACAUCUUAUUCUUACAAUUGCAUAUUACCAAUAUAAGUGCGAUUCACGUCUAUAAAUAUGUAAGUUGGAAAAUCAAUCCUCAAGAUAAAUAUUCACAAAUAACCAUAUUGUGCCAUAACCGAGAGAGAGAGAGAGAGGAUGGAUCCAAUUAUCUUGGGAUCUCUAGUGGUGUCAGUAGUACUAGUAGUAGCAUCAAUAUUGUGGUACAAAACUAGUUCAUGGAAUCGCGGCCCAUUGCCGCCGGGGCCACGGGGAGUUCCCAUCCUCGGCUAUCUGCCUUUCAUGUCCUCCAAUAUGCUCCAACACUUAACCCAUCUGUCUCACCAAUACGGCCCUAUCUACAAGCUCCGCCUCGGCACCAAACUGGCGGUGGUCAUCACCUCGCCGUCCUUGGCCAAGCAGGUGUUGCGCGAUCAAGACCACAUCUUCGGCCACCGCGACCCCACCGUCGCGGCCCUCAUCUACAGCCGCGGGGGCAGGGACGUGGCGUUCUCGCCGCCAAACUCAAGCUGGCGGGAGAUGAGGAAGGUGCUGGUGCGCGAGACGCAGAGCAGCAGCGCCCUCCACGCAUCACGCGAGCUCCGGAGAGACCAGGUCAGGAAGGCCGUCCGAUCCAUCUACUCCAACAUCGGACAGCCUGUUGCGUUCGGAAAGCUGGCGUUUCAAACUGAAGUCAGUCUGUUGAUGAACCUUAUGUGGGGCGGACUACAUUCCCAUUCCGCCGGGGAGGAGAGAGAGAGGCUCGCAACUGAGUUCAAAGCUCUCAACUCCCAGAUCAGUAAACUGCUCGGGAAACCUAACAUUUCCGAUCUUUUUCCUUUUCUUUCCAUAUUUGAUCUGCAAGGAGUGAAGAAACAAAUGGGGAAAGUGGUGGAUUCUCUUGACAAUAUACUCGAGCAGUUCAUCUCCCAGCAUGAGAAGCUUUCUGGAGCAUUCGACAAUGAGGGAAGGAAGGAUUUUCUGCAAAUCGUGAUGGAGCAUAAGGAGAAGAAGGAUUCAGAUCUUCCAACUCUCUCACGAGAUCAAAUUAAGUCCUUGUUGUCCGAGAUCAUAAGUGCAGGAUCGGACACUUCAGCAACGACAGUGGAGUUUGCAAUGUCGGAGCUCCUCAACAGGCCGGAGGCCAUGGAGAAGGUGCAGAAGGAACUAUCCGAGGUGGUGGGGAUGAACAACAUCGUAGAAGAGUCCCACUUGCCCAAACUGCAUUUUCUAAACGCUGUCAUCAAGGAAACACUUCGAUUGCAUCCUCCGGCACCGUUGCUAGUCCCACGAGCGCCACUCCAGUCCUCAACUGUGGGAGGAUACACAAUUCCAAAGGGAACCAAAAUCUUACUCAACGUGUGGGCGAUACACAGGGAUCCUUCAAUCUGGGACAAUCCCGAAGAGUUUAGGCCCGAAAGAUUUCUUGAAGAUUCUAGAAACUUGGAUUUCAAGGGCAACAAUUUUGAGUUAAUUCCAUUUGGAUCAGGGAGAAGAAUGUGCCCUGGAUUGCCAUUGGCAGAAAAAAUGGUGGCUUAUCUGUUGGCUUCGUUUCUGCAUUCCUUCGAUUGGAAAUUAACAGAUGGUAAAAAACUUGAUAUGUCGAUAACUCUUGGAAUUGUGCUUCAAAAAACAAAUAAUUCGAUUGCUACACCGACUCCCAGAUUGUGUAAUAAUAGUUUAUACUUGUAGGUUUUGUCAACUAUUUGCCUAUUCCAGGCCUGAGAUGUAAUAAAUCCAUGUAUGAAUUAAUUUUUAAUUAGAUAUUUUAUAAAAUUAAAGAAAAUGAAUUUAUGAUUGGCC